AUGAGUGCAGACGACAUAUUUCAAGCAGCUAAAUUUGUUAUUCAAGCUCUUGAUGCACUUAAAAAUGAAUAUGAAAAAAUUCUUGAAAAUCUUGUUCAAUCUGCGAAAAUAUUAUCAUCGAAGAAAAUCGAAGAAAAGAUUAAUUUACUUCGAAACUCGACGAAUAGGAUUGAUUUAGGAAUCGAUGAGGCUCAUGUCAUGAUACGGUUAGAUAAUUAUUUACAAAAUGUUGAAAGUGAAAAACAUAAAUUGCGUAUACAAGUUAAGCGUUUAAGUCAAGAAAAUGCUUGGCUUCGUAAUGAACUAGGAUCGACGCAAAAGAAGCUGCAUGAAUCCGAACAAAUCAAUGCGUGUCAUUCAAUUGAAAUUGAAAAUUUAAGGUUUUUAAAAGAUAUUCAACUCUAUGACCAUGAUAAUUCUACGAAUCAAGAAAAUCACGAGCACGAUCUAAUCAAUGAUUUAUUUUCUUCAGAUGAUGCUGACGAUGAGCAAGAUAAUCAAUCAAAUCACUCAAAGAAUAACAUUGAUUCUAAUGAUGAUCUAUCAAUGGUAACAUCACAAUCGACGAAUAGUUCGACAAAUGGCUAUGAAAUACCAGCUAGAUUAAAAACAUUGCAUACUUUAGUUCUUCAAUAUACGUCUCAAGGGCGAUAUGAGAUAGCUGUUGCUUUAUGUCGACAAGCACUUGAUGAUCUAGAGACGACAUUGGGACAUCAACAUCCCGAUGUAGCGACUAUGCUCAAUAUUCUUGCACUUGUCUAUCGUGAUCAAUCCAAAUUUAAAGAAGCGAUUUCGUUGCUCUACGAAACACUUUCUAUUCGAGAAGAAUCGCUUGGGUUUGAUCAUCCAGCUGUUGCAGCUACAUUGAACAAUCUUGCCGUUCUUUAUAGUAAACUUAGCAAAUUUAAAGAAGCUGAACCACUCUGUAAACGCGCACUUGACAUUCGCGAAAAAUGUUUAGGCAUAUCACAUCCCGAUGUAGCGAAGCAACUAAUGAAUGUCGCUUUAAUUUGUGAAAAUCAAGCGAAAUACAAUGAAGCUGAAUCCUGUUAUAAACGUGCGGUUGAUAUCUAUAUUAAAACGUUUGGAUAUGACGAUGUAAAUGUAGCUAAAACAAAAAAUAAUCUCGCAUCAUCGUAUUUAAAACAGCAAAAAUAUCUCGAAGCAGAACAAUUAUAUCAAGACGUUCUUACAUGUGUGCGUGAAAAAGACUUUCAAUCAUUGUUCUCACCAGCAUCUCGAAGACACAGUGAAACACAAAUAGUAACAACAACUUUGAAAAAUCUUAGUUUACUCUAUCGACGGCAAGGUCUCUAUGAUGCAGCUGAAAUAAUUGAAAGUUGCGCAUCAAGAGCUCAUAAAGAUUCACAAGCUAUCAUUCAAGCACUAAAUAUGGUUCAACAAGUAAAUCAUCUAUGA